UUUCUGACUGACCUUUACUGCUACAAAUAACAUGGCAGUGGGUAACCUUGCACUCACUUCUUCUGCAAGUGUGAAUAUAUUUACAGGAUGCAUUCCUAGAAGUAGAAUCGCUCCAUCGAAGCAGAGCACACUGGUCAUUUUUACAGCUUCUGUCAAAUUGCCCUCCGCAGAGAUUUAUCAGUUUACCUUCUCACCAAUGUUACGAAAGUGCCUGUUUGCCCCAUCUUUGCCAGCAGAAUGUCCUGCCAGCCUUUAGAUCUUUACCAACUGCUUCAUGAAAAACGAGGUGUCCCAGGUGGCUCACUUCGCACUUUUAUUCUGGAGCACAGAGGAGAGGCCAUAUGAGGACAUGGUGAGGUGGCCAUCUGCAAGCCGGGAAGAGAGAUCCCACCAGACACCAACCCUGCCAGCACUGUGAUCUUGAACUUCCAGCCUCCAGAAUUGCCGGUGGGCGCUCCUGUCGCUGUCCCCCUCUCGCCUUCCACUCGGAUCCACAGGCACAAGCCCCGAAAGCACUUCCUUUGUGGAUGGCAGGUCCCAGAACAGGGCCAGCCAGUAGGCCUGGGGAGAGGGUGUGGAUUUCCUGAUGGGCCAGAGAAAGAGGUGUUUGGACCUGUCAGAAGCCUGCACCCAGGGCGCACUGCUGGCCUGCUUGUACCUGCUGCCCAAGGGCUGAGCCCAGAGUGGUUAGUGUCCAGAUGGGAGCGUCGUGGACCAGCGGAGACCGUCACAUAUGCACAGAGUGAAUCCUGCUGUGACAUGAACACUGGCCUCUGAGCCGGUGGGACUUGAUUCAAGUGUCAUCUCUGCCUCCCACUUUCUUGAGGCCUCAGAUUGGAGAGAACAAGAAAGCCGAAAGAGAACAGUGAGGAGCUACUACAAUCCUUCAGGUUUGGAGUGCUCAGGAGUUAACUAACAUGUCCACAGGCAUUCAGCUGCACUUUGAGUGUAUCCUCCGUCCUGACCUUCAUGGGUUUGCUGGGAAAUCCUCUCACAGUCUCACGGGGGCUCCCUUGUAUGUGUUUGAUGGUGACAGUGCCUACGUGGGGAUGAGUGACGGGAACCCAGAGCUGCUAUCGACCAGCCAGACCUACAACAGCCAGAGCGAGAGCAACGAAGACUAUGAGAUCCCCCCGAUAACACCUCCCAACCUCCCUGAGCCAUCCCUCCUGCACCUGGGGGACCACGAAGCUGGCUACCACUCGCUGUGCCACGGCCUCACGCCCAACGGACUCCUCCCUGCCUACUCCUACCAGGCCAUGGACCUCCCAGCCAUCAUGGUGUCCAACAUGCUGGCCCAGGACAGCCACCUGCUCUCAGGCCAGCUGCCCACGAUCCAGGAGAUGGUCCACUCGGAGGUUGCUGCCUACGACUCCGGCCGGCCUGGGCCCCUCCUGGGCCGCCCGGCGAUGCUGGCCAGCCACAUGAGUGCCCUCAGCCAAUCCCAGCUCAUCUCUCAGAUGGGCAUCCGGAGUGGCAUCGCCCACAGCUCCCCGUCGCCCCCAGGGAGCAAGUCAGCGACGCCGUCUCCCUCCAGUUCAACUCAGGAGGAGGAAUCAGAAGCGCAUUACAAGAUGUCCGGAGAGAAGAGACCCUCGGCUGACCCAGGAAAAAAGACCAAGAACCCAAAGAAGAAGAAGAAGAAGGACCCCAACGAGCCUCAGAAGCCUGUGUCAGCCUAUGCGCUCUUCUUCAGAGACACUCAGGCCGCCAUCAAGGGACAGAACCCCAGUGCCACCUUUGGAGAUGUGUCCAAAAUCGUGGCCUCUAUGUGGGACAGCUUGGGAGAGGAGCAGAAGCAGGCCUACAAGAGGAAGACCGAGGCAGCAAAAAAGGAGUAUCUGAAGGCUCUGGCAGCCUACAGGGCCAGCCUCGUAUCCAAGAGCUCCCCAGACCAGGGCGAGACCAAGGGCACUCAGGCAAACCCGCCGGCCAAAAUGCUGCCACCCAAGCAGCCCCUUUAUGCCAUGCCGGGCCUGGCCUCCUUCCUGACGCCAUCGGACCUGCAGGCCUUCCGCAGCGGGGCCUCUCCCGCCAGCCUUGCCCGGACGCUGAGCUCCAAGUCACUGCUGCCUGGCCUCAGCGCGUCCCCGCCACCGCCCCCCUCCUUCCCUCUCAGCCCUCCACUGCACCAGCAGCUGCCGCUGCCGCCCCAUGCCCAGGGUGCCCUCCUCAGUCCGCCUGUUAGCAUGUCUCCAGCCCCCCAGGCUCCUGUCCUGCCCACCCCCAUGGCACUGCAGGUGCAGCUGGCUAUGAGCCCCUCACCUCCAGGGCCACAGGACUUCCCUCACAUCUCCGAGUUCCCCAGUGGGUCCGGAUCCCGCUCGCCCGGCCCGUCCAAUCCCCCAAGCAGCAGCGGAGACUGGGACAGCAGUUACCCCAGCGCGGAGUGUGGCGUCAGCACGUGCAGCCUGCUCCCCAGGGAUAAAUCGCUCUACCUCACCUAAUCCCGCCUCCCCUCUCCUCCCUGAGGCUUGCUGGAGGGGCACUGCUCCGAGCCUGAAGGGCCCACAGCAGAAGGGGAGGCUUGGCAGGAAGCGGGGUGACCAGAAAGAGACGGCAGUGACACACGGACGCCCCGGGGCCUCGUCUCUUCCUCCACCUCACACCAGACUCUGCAGAGGCAGCCCGCCGCCCCGCCGCCAGCCCAAAGAACCUGCAGGAACCUUCUGUCCCCGACCUGCUUGCUCCAGGGUUACCGUGGACCCCGCUCCUCGCCCUGCACGCUGUACUCUGCAUCUGGACGUCUGGCCCCAGCCCAGGCUCGCGUGGGCUGCCCCCG